CUGCAUGCAGUUCAUCAACAUCGUGGUGCACUCCGUGGAGGACAUGAACUUCCGAGUGCACCUGCAGUACGAGUUCACCAAGCUGGGCCUGGAUGAGUACCUGGAUAAGCUGAAGCACACGGAGAGUGACAAGCUGCAGGUGCAGAUCCAGGCUUACCUGGACAAUGUGUUCGACGUGGGGGCUCUGCUGGAGGAUGCUGAGACCAAGAACGCGGCCCUGGAGAGGGUGGAGGAGCUGGAGGAAAACCUUUCCCACUUAUCUGAAAAACUCCAGGAUACAGAGAACGAGGCCAUGGCCAAAAUUGUGGAACUGGAAAAGCAACUGAUGCAAAGGAACAAAGAACUGGACGUGAUCAGGGAGAUCUACAAGGAUGCCAACAGCCAGGUUCACACGCUGAGGAAGAUGGUGAAGGAGAAGGAGGAGGCCAUCCAGCGCCAGUCCACGCUGGAGAAGAAGAUCCACGAGCUGGAGAAGCAGGGAACCAUCAAGAUCCAGAAGAAAGGGGACGGGGACAUCUCCAUCCUGCCCGUGGCCCUGGGCUCUGGGAUGGUGCCAGCAGGAGCAGAGGCCGUGCCGGGCACCUGUGCCACACCUGGAGCUGCCUCCUCAGUGCCACUGCCACCACCCCCACCGCCCCUGCCCGCCCUGCCAGGCUCACCUGAGCCAGUGCCCAACGGCCCCGUGGCGGUGUCUGUGCCACCUCCACCACCUCCACCUCCCCCUCCUCCUCCUCCUCCUCCUCCUCCUCCUCUCCCAGGUCCCGCUCUGGAUGCGGCUCCGGCGCUGCCGCCUCCGCCCCCGCCCUCGGCUCCCCCCCUGCCCGGCACAGCCUCGCCCACCGUGGUCUUCAACUCUGGCCUGGCAGUGGGAAUUCCAAAGGAAUAG